AUGGGUGCUCCGGGAAGCAUUGCAGCUGGUGGUGUUUUCAGGGAUCAUUGGGGCUGGGUCCGGGGCUGUUACCACUUUAAAGGUGGAACGGGUUUUGCCUUUGAGGCAGAACUCCUUGCCGUGAUUUAUGCUAUUACAAUUGCGCAUCAAAGAUGUUGGCUAAUGUUGUGGAUUGAAGAGGACUCUGCUUAUAUUGUUCGUCUGUUGGAGGCUAGGUCGCUAGACGUUCCCUGGCGUUUCAUGGCAGCUUGGAAGAAGGCCCUUCGGCUUUUGGAGGAAUUCUCGGUGCAUGUGUCGCAUAUUUUUCGAGAAGGAAAUUGUGUAGCUGAUCUGAUGGCUAAUCCGGCGAUGCCGGAAGGAUGGUGGCCUUAUGCUCGAGACGAAAUCAAACAUGCCGUGGUCAAAGACAUGGCGACCCACAGUCAUGUCCGAAUCAAGCAUUGA